AUGUCAAGCAGCAUCAGUCUGGACCUGGACGUUCUCUUUAUGAUCACAUUUCUGCUCUCGUCAAAAGAUGCUCUUGCCCUUUCCCUCACGUGUCGACAAAUUCAUUCGUUUGCGAAACAGCAUGCGCUCUCGUCAGUCAGGCUGACAUCUACAAAGCAACUUGGCAAGUUCUGCGAUUCAAUGUUCGAUGGCGCUCCAAGUUGCUGGAAUUGGGUGCGGAGGCUUGACGUUGCCAUGUCCGCAUUUGACGUGAAGUCCGAACAAAAGACUGCUCCCUGGGGCAAUUUUUCGGAUGUUCCUCGUCUUGCGGAGCUGAUCACGCAUGCCCUCAACCUCGAAUUCCUUUCUAUUGACUGCGUUGAAUUCCUACUACGGAAGGGAUCCCCUAUUGGAGACGCCAUUGCCUCACUUACCAGCCUUGAGGAGCUGGAACUGCAUGAGGCAGAUUCUCAAGCCGUGGAGAUGCUGAGAGGGAUGCGAAGCGGGCUCCGCAAACUCGUCCUGCACCGCGCUUGUAGCAAUCAACAACCUACACCUCAGAUCUUUGUGUCCAUCCUUCCUUUUCAAAACCUGCAGGUCCUGGAACUGGCCCACUCUUGCUGGCCUAAAUGGAUGGAUAUGCCAUGGGACGAGCGAUGGCGGUGGCCAACAGUCCGCGUUCUCCGCUUGAAGCAUAGCAAAUUGUCAAUGGCCCAAUUGGUACGCGCUUUCCCCAAUGUCAGGAAACUCAGCAUCAGGACAGUAACAUUGCCAAGGGAGUCGGAAACGCGGUGCUGGGAUAGCUUGGAUUACGUCUACAUCGGGCAUGGUCGCCCGUGGACUUCGACGUUAGACUGGGAUCAGAGGAUAACCUGUCCUGUUCACUCGUUGGAAUUCGAGGAUAACUACAAGUCCAACUCCGAGGAACAGAUCGUAAUGGUCAACACCAUUCGGGAGACCACUCCUCGUGUAUUGUCAGUGACAAUCAAGUCCUCGGACGCUAAGUUUUGGAUGUCCUUGAUGGCAACUGGUGCCGCGAGACUCAGAUAUCUCAACCUCAAUCUCCGUCUGACGCCUCGGAAGCGUGGAACGCAUCUCGCACAAUGGCUGGAGAAGAUACCUCUGAUUCUGAGCACGCUCGACAUAAUUUGUAUCCGAGUGUGCAUCACUUCUCGGAAUCUCUCCAGAGCUGCCAUGACUGUUCGUUGGCCCUUGCGCCUUGCUACUUGUUUGCCUUCUCUGCGCUACAUUGCCAUCGCCCGCAAGAUCGGCGAUGUGCCCUGCAUGGCGGAGGAUGCGUUUUGGUCGCGUGUCUCGGGGCCUGUGAAGGAGCGUCGUCUGCAGCCAGUCGCAACGCAUGUGGGUGUGCGCGUCCACACGUACCUGCAUGCCGGUGACAUGGAGGCGCUUGCUCGGCUCGAUGGUGCGUGGUUUUUUUUUCCGUUGUUGGUACGGAGAAAGCGAACGCACUGA